AUGCCGUCCCACGCCCGCCGCCAGUCGCAUUCCUCGAUAGACCGAGUCUUCGACCUGUUGGCCGAUCUGGAAGAUACACAGAUCUCCUUGCUCUUGGACGACUUCAACCACACCACUCCGAGCAAUGUCCCCGUCUCGAAGGCUAUUGACCUCUUCGAAACCGAUCCCAAGCGCAAGGCAAAGCGCAGCUCCACCAUCAGGUCUUCCUCCCCGGUGAGGAACCUCCAGACCGAGCUCGAGCGAAGGCACAGCAGGAGAGUUGCCGCCAAGAUUGCUCCUCAGCACCUCACAACCCAACGACCCCAGGCCAAGUCAACGACGCCAUACAUCACCACUCCCAAUGACCCCUCAAGGAGCCUGUCAUUUUCGUCGUCUGCCUCCGAGUAUUCCGACCGUCCCGUGACGCCGACCGACGUAUCCCCCGCACCGUCUUUCCGCGCCCGCUCUUAUAAGCGCAUCAGCAGACCGACUCUACUCUCCCCAACAGCCACGGCCGAGCUUCACGAGUUGUUGAUGGCCUAUCUCUACGGAACUUCAAGCUCGUCGAACCUGACUUCCGCGACCACCUCGAGUGCCCCAUCGCCCACAACCCCCGACCCAGCUUCGCGCUUCUCUCCUUUCUCGUCUUCUUCUUCUUUCAUGUCAUCAGCGAGCCGAGCAAGAGUGGAACCAGAACCAUUUUUUGAUAUGUUUGAGCCCUCGCCUGCCCGCGCGCCCAUUUCGGCAUUCGGUUCUUUUGGUGGACGGACAAGAGCGGAGCCGGCAGCGAACAUGAGUGGCAUAUUUGAAGUUUUGGCCUCUCAUUAA